UUGUUGCGGCAUACCAUAUUUGGCAAGUUGCAGUUAGCAAAGGGAAGGUCCAGAUUGGACCUUGGCCUUGGCCGUGAGAUAUUUCUUCGUCCUCAGAUACUCUGGCACCUCAAUAAUUGUCCUUUUGAGCCCAGAUAUUAUCACUGGUCACAUUUCUCUUAUCUGUUUGCAUUGUACGGGUACUCGUAGAUGUUAUCUGGCAUCCUGGUUGUGCGCCUCUGAUGUUACAUCCACCUGAAAGCAGCAGGCACAGCUUCUCUGAUGUUACUUUUUAUUGUUCAGAUUUGUAUUGCCACAGAAUCAUUUGGUGACUUUUCUUGUUCAGAUUUGUAUUGCCACGGCAUCAAUUGGUGACUUUACUUAGGAUAUAACAGAAUAAAGCCUGCUAGAUUUAUUCAGAGGAUCAGACGGCAGCAAAGGCAGGACGGGAGCUGAGGAUAACUACUACUACAGGCUGUGAUGAUCCGAUCCCAUAUUCCCAUGCCUGCGCUGCGCCAAUUGCUUCGUCCGGUGGAGUUGUCUUCCUCCAGCGGCGGCGGCGGGCCCCGCGCGGUGUCCCAGGUGCCUGUGCAGAUCUUUCUCGCCACCCUUUACCCUUUUCUGGCGGCAAGGGAGGCCAACAAAUAUCUGAGGCCAGAUAUUUUCCCCGCCCCGCCACGUGUCGGCCCGCCACGUGGAAAAGCUCCGGCACGUAGGCGUAAAGCUCCAUCCAGAGGGUCCGGCCGGGUGCUGAUCCCCUCUUUAAUCCUGCCUUUAUUGUCCUUUGCGUUUCAAUGGCCAUUCUCCCCUCCGCGGUUAUAUGCCUCUACCUCUCUCUUGUUCCCUUCCGUCGCUCGCCGUUUAUCCAGAGCCCGAGCCACAUCUAGGAGCUUCCUUGAUCUGCUUUCCGAGGAUUGUUUGAUUUUCUGGGGGGUGCGGUCAAGAGCCCACCUUGAAUUCCUCGCUGAAAUUUGGUCGUUUUCUUCUUGUUGGUUUUGCAAUCCUUGGAGGGCUUUCUUGGUUCUUGAGUUGCGAUCUCCUCCUGCUCUGUCUCUCCGAUCCACAAUCAUCCGGUGCCUAGGAAAUUGCGGCUCUUUCUUGCACCAGUUUGUUUUUCUGUUGAUCUUCUGCGUUUCUGCAUCUUCGUUACAAUUUCUCAAGGGGAAAAAGUUUCUGUUCAUCGAGGAACAGGAAACACAACACUGGUUUCAUCGGAUAGAGUAAGGAAAUAGGAAAGUACAAGCAAAUCCUUGGAAUUGGCAUCAUUUGCUUGUUCCUUGCCCUAAUUCAAAGAAUCCAAUGGGGGAUGUGUCGUUGAAUCGACCCAUGAAGGCCGAGCCAGCUGCCGGUGGCACUGCCAAGGGAAAUCGAAUUCUGAACAUGAUGUCGGCAGGGUGGACAGAUGAGAGGCACAUGUUGUAUAUAAGCUCUAUGGAGGCUUCUUUCGUUGAUCAACUAUACAAUCACAGACACCGUCCGCAUAAUACAAAUGGCAAUGGCUUCAAGGUUCUCCGCAGGGGUGUGUGGGAGUACAUCAAGUACGAGAAGACUAAUGCUCGUGCACAAAGUGGGACAAAAUGCUGUGUGCCUGCAAGUCCCUGGAUCCGGCAUUUCAGGCCACGUGAUUGCGGUAGCAAUGCACAAAGUGAUGGGCUGGAGGCUUCAGUGGGCGAUCAUGAAUCAGGUACUCAGACAAACGGGGAGAGACUUUCAGUGUCUCGUGGAAGGAAAUGGGAAGCUUGCAAAGGGGAAAACCAGCUUCUUGAUGAAAGUACAGAGGUCUCUGAUCAAAAUUUCGCUGACGAGGAGGCAGAAGUUGAAGCGGAAUCAAGUAAAGCACGCAAGGAAAGGAGAUUAAGCAGCACAUCCCACUACCGUGAUGAAUGAUCAAGUAAAUUCGCAGGACCAGUUAGCUUAGUCUGUUGCAAGAAUUGAGAUGACUAGCUAUCACAAAAGGAGGUGAUAAGAUGAUUGGGGUGGGUCCCUCAAAAUUUCUCUGUGGCCACAAAAGCUGUUGGAAGCCAAGAUGAUCCAAAGGAACUUUGUAAGAGUAGUUAUUAGUAAUUUUGUGACCUAUGUACUGGAGCAGUUAGUAGCGGCAUUUUGGUGGAUUAAGUUCUUGUUAUGUAUAUCGGUGUAUUUUUGCAGUCUUCAUCAGUAGUGCUGUUUAGUGCCUCACUCUUCUCGUCAGAAGGAUAAUAAUAGGCUAGCUCUCUACUUGGUGUAUAUAUGUAUUGGCUGAUCUGAUGAAUGUAAUGUUUUUUGCUGCAGCUUUGUGGGGCAGCUACUGUUAAAUUUGCAAUAUGAGUGAGAUGUACAUGUUUGCCACAUUAUGAGAAUCAUUCCAGAUUUCCAAUUCCCAAA